GAUCCUGCGCAAUCGCAGUGAGAUCCGGUUGCCACCGAGUCCGGAACGACUACGGCAGGAGACAGCCGAGAGCACCCGGGAAGAGCCGGCGUCGCUAGUGCCGGGACCAGGAGCCUCCGCGAGCAAGAUGGCCGCUCCCGAGACCGAGGCCGAGGGGCACGGGCACUAAGUCCGGACCCGCGAGCCCUUCUCCCGGCCGCCUGCGCCCCCACAGAGACCUCGCGCUUCUAACCAAGACAUCCGCAUGGAUUAUGCUCGCCGCGGUCACGAGGCCGUUCCGAUAGAGCUCUAGUUGGCCCAGAUUGAGAACUCCGACGGCUGGCUGCUCUGCGCUGGAACUUGGGGAGGUCGGCUGCAACAGGUGCGACUCUGACCGCCCCAUGCUCGCGGGCGCGGGGAGGCGUGGCCUCCCCCGGGGCGGCCACCUCUGUUGGUUGCUGUGCGCUUUCACCUUAAAGCUCUGCGAAGCGGAGGCUCCGGUGCGCGAGGAGAAACUAUCAGUGAGCACCUCAACUUCGCCAUGUUGGUUGGUAGACGAGUUUGUGGUGACUGAAGAGUGUACUCCAUGUUCUAACUUCCAGAUUAAAACAACACCUGAGUGUGCUUCUACAGGGUAUGUGGAGAAAAUCACCUGCAGCUCGUCCAAGAGGAAUGAAUUCAAAAGCUGCCGUUCAGCUCUGAUGGAACAACACUUAUUCUGGAAAUUUGAAGGCAUCGUGGUGGGUGUGGCUUUAGUCUUCGCCUGCCUCGUCAUUGUUCGUCAGCGACAACUGGACAGAAAGGCUCUUGAAAAGGUCCGGAAGCAAAUUGAGUCCAUAUAGCUGGACUCUGUUGUCUCUGGUGGGCCUUACAGACUGCAUCUCAGAGGUAGAGAGUUCAGGGGCUAAUGUGCACUCCUGAGCCUGUGGCAGUAGCAUUUCCAGUGACUUCCUCUUCCAGACCAUUAAUGAGCACAAUGAAAAGUAAAAUAGAGAGGGACAGGACACAGACUUGUAAUGCCAGCACUUGAGAGAAUGAGGCAGGAAAAUCCUUGGUAAAUGAGUAGGCCAGCUAGGCUGAGCUACAUAGUAAGACUGUCUUUUAAAAAAAGGAAAUAAAGGAAUAAAGCAAUUUCCUUCUGUAUAAUAAUUUGGCUUGGGGAGGACUGGGUGCGGUGGGACGUGCCUUAAAUCCUAGCAAAGAGAGGUGGAUCUUCUGUGAGUUCAAGGCCGGCUUGGACCACAUGUAGAGCUCCAGCCCAGCAGGGAAUACUUAAUAAGACCCUGUUUCAAAAACAUUAAUUAAAUUUAAAAGGGUUGGUGAGUUGGCUCAGUACUUAAGAACACUGGCUGGGGGCUGGAGAGAUGGCUCAGUGGUUAAGGGCACUGACUGCUCUUCCAGAGGCCCUGAGUUCAAUUCCCAGCAACCACAUGGUGGCUCAGAACCACCAUCUGUAAUGGGAUCCAGUGACCUCUUCUGGUGUGUCUGAAGAUAGCUACAGUGUACUCAUCAUAUAUAUAAAAUAAAUCUUUUUUUUUAAAGAUUUAUUUAUUUAUUAUAUGUAAGUAAUCUGAGCCGUCUCUCCAGCCCCCGAAAAUAAAUCUUUUUAAAAAAAAAAAAAAGAAAGAGCGCUUGCUGCUACUGCGGAGGGUCUGGGUUUGGCUCCCAGGUCCGGUGGCUCACAGUCACCUGUAGUCCUAGUUUCAGGGGCUCUGAUACCCUGUAGGCUCUGUGGGCCUGUAGUAAGUGAUGCACAUAAAUUCAUGCAUAAACAGAGAUGCACACAAGGAAAAAUGAGUACAUCUCUUCUUAGAUGUAGCCUUUCCAUGUAUACUAGUGAUUUCUGUACAAUACAUGUGUAUCUGGUACACAUGGAGGCCAGAAGUGGAUACCAGAUCCUGAGCUGUUACAUGGUACAGGGAACUGAAUAUGGGUCCUCUGAAAGGAAUAAAUGCUCUUAACCACUUCUUCAUUCACCAAGUGAAUAAAUCUUUUUUUUU